GAAUGGAAUGAAUCUUGUUCAGAACGAGCAUAAUGUGCUGUUGCCAUCAUGUCAUGGCGUUCGUGCUCUGCUCCCGUUCGGUCCUUCCCGAGAAAGCAUAGUUCUCGCUCUUGGCUUUUCGGUCAACGAGUUGACAACGCGAGGUUCAUCUAUACCGGACAGUCUUUCCUACUUGCCGGCGCCGGCAGGCAGGCUCCACGUGCAGACGGCGAUGGGGUAACCAGAUCCUCCUGGCGCGUAGUGGUAUUCGCGAGUUCGCUUGAGCGACGUAAGCGACAAAAAGGAGCCGGUAACCAGGUCGGCGAAGACAUAAAGGCGAAAGGCGAGCCUGGAAGGAUUAGACGAGCUUCGAGAAAGAAUCAUUUGAGGAAGGAGAGGGGUGGUAGCACACGAGAGGGAGGAGGAGGAGGAGAGCAAUCGAAACCCCUGGCUGCUGCUUCAGAAGAGACGCUAGACGGGAAGCAGCAUGGUGAUGACGAAGACAUGCACGGUCAACCCAUGCAACGGAAGCAACAAGAUUGGAUCUCGUCCGUUGGUUCGCCUAACGUUUCUACCCGCAGCAGCAGCAGCAGCAGCAGCAGCAGCCCUGCACCAUCUCCCACGCUGCUGACCCUCGCAGUGGUCGCUGCGUCUUGCGCCGCUGCUGUGCUGCUGCUGCACUCCCGGCUCUCCCAGACGGCAGAGAAGACUGCAGAGAAGCACUCAGGCGCACAGGAGGGCCCGCUGGGGGGGACAGGAGGGACGGCAGGGGACGUGCGGUUGGCGGCAGGGGAGAGCAUUGCGGAGUGGGAGGAGGGGUCAGCAAUAGCCGAGGAGGGAAGUGCUGGGGAGAUGGAAGGGAGCGAAACGGAUGGGACAGUAAGGACAGAAAGGACUGGGCAGGAAUGGCUUGGCCCGCCUGUGGCUGGAGGGGCGGAGAGCAAAGAGCGGGUGGGGGGGCAGCAGGGGGGCGAGGAGAGGAAGGGAGGGGCGGAGACAAGAGGCGAGAGUGGGGCCAGAGGAAAGGACGUGGAGGGUGAUGGUUGGGCGGAUACGAAGGGGAGAGGCAGCGGUGGCGAGGACGGGGAUGAGAAGAGAGAUGAGGGGAGGGAUGGGGUAGGGGAUGAGGGAGACCUUCCAGAAGACUCAGAAGAAGGCAAUCGUCUCAAGACGCUUCAAGCUCAAGCCGUUAACGAUUGGAGCAACCAGAUCGUGCUGCAGGGCUUUCACUGGGAGUCCCACCACCACCCCCAGGGCUGGUGGCAGCACCUCACCUCCCUCGCGCCUCUCAUUGCUGCUGCUGGCUUCACGGCUGUGUGGCUGCCCCCCGCCUCUUCGUCUCUCGCCCCUCAAGGCUACCUCCCCAGGGACCUCUACCGUCUCGCAUCAGCGUACGGCUCUGAGGCCGACCUCCGCUCCCUCAUUGCCGCAUUCAGAGCCGCCCUGCCCAGCGAGCGAGGGACUUGCUCUGCUGGCUCGGCUGCCGCCCCAGGCGCUGAUGGCAGUAGCAUCCAGAGCGUUAGUGGUGGCAAUGGCUCAGCACGUGAUGGCCUUCAGCAUGCUGUGAACGAAGGGGAGAUAGUGAGGGACGGAGAGGUGCCGAGGGGAGGAGGGGAACUGGUUGAAGGAGGGGAGCAGAGUGAAAAGCAGCUGCUGCCUGUUGUGGCUGCAGAAGCAACAAGGGCUGGUCCAGGAACUACGGCGGUUGCAGCAGCAGGUGCUGCAGGAGGGUUGGUAGAGCUCGCUUCAAAUGCCCAUGAGCCUCGUGCUCGUUCUGCUGCUGCCGGUGAAGCUGUCGCUGCAGGUGCUGCCGAUGCAACUGGAAGGCAAACAUUCCCAAAUGCAGUGGGGGUAGAUGCAUCGGGAGUGAGGGUAAUCGCAGACGUGGUGGUUAACCACCGGGUGGGCAGCCAGCAGGGGGAGGGCGGGCAGUGGACACGGUAUGAUGGCACGUCCAUGCCGUGGGACGAGACUGCUGUCACGUGUGACACCGGGGGCAAGGGCAACCCCAGCAGCGGCAGUGUGUUUGAGGGGGUGUCCAAUAUCGACCACUCCCAUCCGUUUGUGCGCCGAGACAUCACUGCAUGGCUGACGUGGCUCCAGGGUGACGUGGGAUUCUCGGGCUUCCGAUUUGACUACGCCAAGGGCUACAGCCCUGCGUAUGUGCGGGGGUAUGUGGGGGAGGCAGGGCUGAGGCUGUGCGUGGGCGAGUACUGGGACACCUGCAACUACGUUGGGCCGCAAUAUGACUUAGACUAUGAUCAAGACUCUCACCGGCAGCGCAUUGUGGAGUGGAUAGAAGGGGCGGGCAGACUAGCAGCAGCCUUUGACUUCACCACCAAGGCGGUGCUGCAGGAGGCAGUGAAACGGAAGGAGUGGUGGCGGCUAAAGGACAAGGAAGGCCGCCCACCAGGCGUGAUUGGGCUGCUGCCCUCCCAUGCAGUCACCUUUGUGGAUAAUCACGACACCGGCUCCACCCAGGCGCACUGGCCCUUCCCCUCACAUGACGUCAUUCAGGGCUAUGCCUACAUCCUCACACAUCCGGGCAUCCCAUCGGUGUUCUUCGACCAUUUCUUCGACUGGGGCCCGGAUCUUCAGAACAAGAUUCAACAACUGAUCGAUGCUCGGCGAAAGGCAUGCUUACAUAGCCGUUCCUUGAUCCAGAUACUGGCAGCAGAUGGCGGUCGCUAUGCGGCCAUUGUUGGGGGGAGAUUGUGUGUGAAGAUUGGAGAUGCGGAUUGGAGCCCGGAUUCAUAUGGGUUGGUGAGUGGUGAGAGUGACAAAAUAAAUUGUGGAAGUGUAAAGAGUGACAAGACAAGUGAUUGCAAAUGGAACUUGAAUACGUGUGGGGAGGGAUAUGCUGUAUGGAUCUGGGAAUGAUUAAACCAAUUGUUGUGUGACAUCUCGUCUGAGCUUUAUACAUAAGAAC